AAUGGAUCGGGUCGACUGACCGAACCCCCGAACCUAAUAUAGUAGGCCCAACUGCAGGAUUCUCAACUAACACGAACUCAUCGAAUUCAAUUCCGUCAGUCUCUCUAUUCCAAACCCUUAAUCUUUGACAAGAUUCAAUUCAAGUCGAACUGCGGGUUCAGAUUUCGGAAACAAGGAUUCAUAGCAAUGUCUACCGCUGAAUCUCCGACUGCUGCUAAGAAAGUGGUCAUUCAUCUCAGAGCUACUGGUGAUGCCCCUAUACUGAAGCAAGCCAAAUUCAAGAUACCUGGAACGGACAAGUUUGCUAAAGUGAUUGACUUUUUAAGGAGGCAACUUCACCGGGAUACGUUGUUUGUGUAUGUCAAUAGUGCAUUCUCGCCAAACCCAGAUGAAUUGGUGAUGGAUCUGUAUAAUAAUUUUGGUUUUGAUGGUAAACUCGUGGUCAAUUAUGCUUGUUCCAUGGCGUGGGGCUAACUAUCAGUGUGGGGUUUGGAGGCAUAUAACUAUUGAUAAUCAGGCUUCAUGGUAAUGGGAAACACCUGUGUGGAAUGCCAGUUCUGGGUUAUACUAAAUUUGAUUCAUUGUUCUUGUUUCUGAGUUGCAGAUCAAUAAAUGUUGUUUCUGAGUAGUUGAAGGACUUUAAACUCCAACAGACGCACUCAAUUGUCAAUUCUGUCAGUUUUUUGUUAGGUGUUUCCGUCAUUUGAAUCCAUGUAUUGAAUUCGAUUUUGUACAGCCUGUUCAUGGUAAGAGAUUCCCUACAAGUACUGCAGAAAAUGAAUUGAUGGAUCACUGUUAGAGAUAAAUGGUACUUUGUAGAAAAGUAAUCACUUUGUGCGUUCAUUUCAGAAAGAAUAAAUAUGUGACACACGACAGAUUGGGUUAUAGGAGUUUAAGUAAAAGAGGUGUUGAUAAAGGAAUGUAGUUGUAAUAUCUCUCUGGCCACCCUAACUUUGGACCUUUCUUCAAGAUGAACAAUAAUUCAGGCAAUAAGGGCCGGAUUUCUUC